GUCCCUCUUCAUGUGUGUUUCCCGCGAGAUGUGAUUAAUUUUUUAGUUUUUUAUGUUUUAAAACAUAUACCAAGGGGAUACACUCAUCAAAACGUCAUUUAAAUGAACAGCUGUGAUUUCACCAUGGACCUGGAAAACAACAAUAACACCCAGCUAACCGGCGAACAAACGGAUCAAUUUGCAAAAAAGAGAAAAUCAAGUAUUACCGUAAAUGACAAUGAAGUUGAAGCCAAAAGACUGAAGAAAACUGAACCUGAGGAAACCCGCCCGUCUCCACAGAGCCCAAAGAAACGCCUGCAGCUUAUAGAGAAACCCAAGCACAACAAAGAUUCUCAUUUCAUUUAUGGUAAUUAUAAACACUAUUACGGCAAACGGAUCCUGGACAAGAAUUUUCACGACAUCCGUUUGGACGUGCUGGCCACCCAGCCGGAGUUGUUCCGUGGCAAACGGCUCCUUGAUAUUGGCUGCAAUUCCGGGCACCUCUCGAUCCAGAUUGCCAAGACCUUCGAGGUCAAGUCUCUAGUCGGCCUAGACAUAGAUCGUGGGCUGGUGAAGGAUGCACAGACAACAAUCACCCAUUUGAAGCGAAAGGCGAAGACUGGGCUGGGAUUCCCACACAACAUGAGGUUCGUGCAGGGAAACUAUGUCUUGGAAGACGAGGUACUGCUGGAGAUUGAGCGGCCACAGUUCGAUGCUAUACUCUGCUUGUCCGUCACUAAGUGGAUCCAUCUUAAUUUCUGUGAUUCAGGCCUGAAGCAGGCCUUCCGUCGCAUGUACCUGCAGCUUAACCCAGGUGGCAAGCUGAUCCUUGAGCCGCAGUCUUUUGACGGCUAUAAGCGGCGCAAAAAGCUUUCGGAACAAAUCCGAGAAAACUACCAGCACAUUAAAUUUCGACCAGAGCAAUUCACCGAAUAUCUGCUUAGCGAGGAAGUGGGCUUUACAGCAAUGGAACUCAUGGGCACACCUGAGCACUGCGAAGCCGGAUUCAAGCGACCCAUUCAGAUAUUUUCAAAAAAAUAGGAAAACAAAAUGAAAGAUGAAUUUUUACUUGGGGAAAAUAUCCGUACAGACUUUAAUAAACAUGAACAAAAACAAUGAGA